AUGUCACUUGCAUCAGGUCAUCACCGCAUCAUGGUAGCCGCACGAGGGGCCCUCGUGAUGAUGGUUUUAGGCAAGGUUGAAAAGGUUCUUCUCGACCACAGCUCAAAAUCGUCAGUAGCGUCGGGAUUGACCAAAAAGGCAGCGCAGACUGCGAUGGUUUGCGAGUAG